UCUCUCCAGACGAGCUCGUGAUCUUGACACGCCGGAGUGUCUUAAACUUUAAUGGAAACGCCACGAGCGUGAAAGUCAUCAGGCUGUCACGGAUGUGCGCGUGGCCAUGAGCGGCAUGAUAAAGAACCGGGCGCGAGGAUACCGCGGCUGAUGGACGAAAGAUGAGGAGAAAAACAAUAGCAAAACGCGUCCUGUAUAGUGCACGCGAGGGGUGCGGAGAGCACGCGGAAGACGCGCGUCAAAUCUUCUGUCAAGAGACGACGAGGAGGAGAAGAUGGAGAGCAGUGAAUGCAGAGGAGAUCUCAGCUUAUGAUGCGGCUGACUAUGUGAAGUUCAAAACAAGGGCUUUUGAAGUUGUCCAGCCCGUGAGUGAUGCUCCUAGGGAUGCAGAAUUUACCAUGGAGGUGAUAGGAAGCCUCCGAUCACGUUCAAGGGCGGAGCUUAUUGCCAUGGUGCUGAGUAUGCAAAGGGAGAUGGAUGGCCUCCGAGAGCAAAUCAGGAGCCUAACAGCUUGUGGAAAGUUGGCACAAACGCUUGAAGACUUGAUCGAGAGGAGUGAUCGAUGGCUGAGCGGUACAAGCGAAUCCAUGACUCCUAGCAUCCCGAGAGGGCUUGAGAGAAGCGGCCCACCUGGACAGAUUUCAACUCCAACAGUGUUUAGUAGGAUUACAAAUAAAUGUGAAAGUUCAGAUCAGCAAGGGUGUGGUCAGUAUGAGAUCACGCAUACAAUGCAAAGGAAUGGAACGCUUUUCGAACAGAAAAUUAUCACCGCUGAUCUUUUGGAGCGCUGCAACACAGGGACCACCGCUCAGAAACUCACCAAUGACCUUCUGCGCAGCCUUUAUGACAGAGACUGUCUGGCUUCUCACUCCAUCUCAGGCAUUGUUAACUGCAAGCGAGGGACACCUAAGCCAGCUCUUCCAGCCCAUGAGAUCCAGGCCAUUCUGAGGACAGUGCAGCGAUUCUUUCCUGGAAAAACCGAUUCGGAGAUAAAGGGCUACAUCCGACAGAAGCUUCAAAACGAGGCCAAAAGACUUCGAAAAAGGCCACACCCAGCUGGAGAUCCAUUGGCAGUUUCUUUCGAGGAGAUGCACUGGAAGGCCAUCGGGCUAUUUAAGCAAAUUAACCCCGCACUCACCAGCUGUAGCAACCCUCCCACCCCUCUCCGGAGAAACAUCACGCGACACAUGGACGGCGUGGGAACUGCAUAUGGAGUGUGCAGUUUUGUGUUCUGUAGACGGGAGAUAAUAGCCUCUGGCUCUUCAAUCUCUCGACUGUAAUGUGUUUCUGACGCCAGCUAGUGCCUGCAGCCCCCUGGGAGGUACAGGGACGACAUCAUGAUGGAGUGUCAGGUGCUUCAGUGUGUGUGUGUGAGAGCAUGUCAGUAUGCAUAUCAAACAGUUCCAUAAUGAUAUCUGUUUUCCUGCCAGCCGCUUUGGACUAAAGGGACCACCUUUGCUUUCAGAAUUCAAAUCAUGCCAAAAAGUAUAGGCGCCACACCCAUAUGUGCGGGCACACCUAUAGGAUCCACACAAGCAUACGUUCAUGCAGGCCAUGUUGUCAUCGAUUUAAAUCUCUCAUCGGUUCGAUCUUAUUUGUUAUUUCAUUGGUUGUUUCCUCUUCCUCUUUUGAGGUUCCUGCAGACUGGGCAGCAAUUAAGAUGGCAUGGUAAUGGUAACCAUGGUAACCGGCUCACGUUGGGUAUGAUGUAACCGACCACCACCAGCGUGAAAUUAAAAAUCACAACGACACAUUUUGACAUGAUCUGCAUGAUAGGGGUUCCCAAAUGUUUUAAUUCAGGACACCUAUAGGAAUAAUACAUAGAUUAUUCAUUACUAAUGUGAAUAAUACCUACAUUUAAUCACACAUGUAAGGUAAGAUAGCAAAACCUCUCUUCUCAUUGCUAAUCUGGAUUAAAUUAUUUUUGUGUCAUUCAACAUAACAGACUUUGGCUUUGCAUGAAAAACUUACUGCGACCCACCAUUUGGUCCUGAUCCACAGUUGAAAAACCCCUGGGUUAGGUGGCCGGUUGCAUAAACAUAGCCGUCUGACUAACUAGCAAUUAGUUAGGGCUUAAUUUAAAUUAAACCAAUCUACCUUUCUAUGUAACAUACUUAAAACAGUUAUGAUCAGUCUUGAAGAAAAAAAUUCAUGACUAACUUUUAAGACUAGUCUUAAAGGUUUAUGCAACUAAAUCAUAGGUCAGAUGAUCACAUUAAAUACAGUAUGGGGUGGUUUCUCGGACAGAGAUUAGUUGAAGUCAGUACUAGGCCUUAGUUUAAUUAGGAAAUAUAACUAGUUUUAACAAACAUGUCUUACUAACAACAUUACUUGUGUGCAUUUUGAGGCAAAACAAAGGGCAUUAAUGUAUUUUUAGAUAUGUCAGUUUGGACAGCUCUUACAUUUAUUUUAGUCUAGGACUAGUCUAAUCCCUGUCCAGGAAACUACCCCUAUGUGUAUUAAUUGUGUAAUUGUGUUGAUCAAUUACAUAAUAUUGUCUAAUACUGUUUUAUAAUGUAAAAUUUAGUAAACUUAUUUUUGUGAAAUAUUUUGCUUAAAGUAUCUUUAAAGCUGCAAUUAAUAGCCUUUGCGUCUCAUUCGCCAUCUCAGUUUGAGGCAUAAAGUUUCUUUGCGACUUAUAUUUACAUAUAGUUGAACAAUAUUUCCAGCUAAAAUAUUGACAAAAUAUAUAAAUAUUUAUUAAUAUUUUUGUAUUUAAAUGUUUUUUUACAUUACCCGCAAAAUUCGAACCAACAAUUAGACACUUUUGUAUACGUUUAUAAUUGUGAAUCGUGGGAAGGUGACGUACAUUUUUUAUUCUUUUUUCGUGAUAAUGUCACGAAUUUCCGUGUUUUUUUUGUGACUGUAACACACAUUUCUGUUUACGUGUCAUUGUCAUGUAUUGGUUACUCAACUGCUUUUUCCUAUUUUCAAUCCAUCGUCGCUUCAGUAGGGUUAGAUUUGUUGUUUGCGUAGGAUGUCACUUUAUGUAUUGGUUUAUACUUUUGUCGAAUUUAUUUUUUAUAUUUUCUGAUUUUUUAAACCAUUGUCGCCUUGUGUUAGGGUUAGAGUUGGGUUUGGGUAAGGAUGUCAUUUAAUGUAAAUCCAACCCUAUACCAAAACGACAAUU